CCUCUCCUUCCCCCCACCCCCGCCGCUCCUGCUUUUCGCAUCACACACACUAUAUAAAUAUACGCGGAGAUGCCCAGAUACAUUCAUGCACUGCGCACACAGGAUACUUGUUCCCGGGAGAUAAGAAUACGUUCAUUAAUGUCUUUUCCAGCCGGAGUCAAACUUUUUUGGGGGGUGGGGGGCGGAAGAGUUUACUGGGGCUAAGGAUAACCUGGAGCCUACCGCCCGGGAAGAUCCGGACGCAGACCGAAGCCGACCGACCAUUCGAAAGUGCAUCCAAUGGGAAGUUUUCCACUCAGGGCCCUCGGCUGCGGAGUCGCGCAGACUCGCGGAGCAGCCACUCACCCAGCGACGCGGACGCCGGGCGGUUGCGGACGGACCCCGGCCGUCGGGGGCGUGGACUCGGCUCCGACCGCUGCGAGCCUAGGGACGCCCUCGGGGCGGCGCGCCUCGAUCCUGGGCUACUGAAGAGCUCCCGGCGCCCGCCGAGGGAUGGUCCCUGCGGCACCCCAGGCCACCUCUCCGCGCCUUCUCGGUCAACCCCCUGGCGCAUACCCCCGACCCGAUGGCCCAAGCCCUGGCGCCCGGGUCUCAGCCUCCCAGGCAAUGCCACCUUGGGCCCCAAGAAACCUAUGCUACGACGAGAUGAUCCGUCCAGGCUGGCCGGCGGGUCUGCAAAGCCCAGCAGGCAGCAUCCAUGAACCGCCCAGUCUUCUCGCGGGGAGACCCCCGGAACGAUACUCCAGACUGUCACCCCAUCCAGUCCUGAGGCCAGCCUCCCCUCGGCCCGCCCUGCAGGGCCCUGCGACCCGAGGCCUCCCGAGUCCCCCAGCACUGCCCCCCUCCCGCUCUAGCUGGGGCCCCGAGGGGACCCUCGGGUGCUCUUGGCCUGACUCGCUUCUUUCUCCCCGGCUUCCGAAACAGGUUACCUUGUCCACGCUCUCCAGACCACGCUUUGGACUUUCUCACUUUUAUUCAAGAGUCCAUCCGGAGAAGGAGGGGGGGAAAAAAUCCAGAGGAGAUCCGAGUCAAUUGGAAAGAAAAAAUUUCAAAAGGGUGUCCACAGCGGCGAAAAAGCCCAGACUCUGCCGACCUUCAAACGACAACAAGGCUUUCAGGAGGGCGCAGGGAGACAGCUUCCCACCCAGAUCCGACCAGAAACCCGGCACCCUCGGCCACAUUCCCCCUCUUGCAGGCCGAGAGAACUCCACUCUACCACCGGAGGCCCCCUUCCUGGCGCUGGGCAAACACUCAGGCCCUUAAUGGCCACCGCAGGCCAGCCAGCGGCUCCCCUUUCUACACCCAGUCCUCCCGGUACUUGAGAAGCUACCCCUGUGGCAAAACAUUGGCCAGGCAGCUCUUCCCAGCUCCUAUCCCAACAGCUUAUAACAGACUGCAUUCACUGCUCUGGUCAGUAAGUCACCCCAACAUCCCUCGUACCCCCUCAACUCCUUUUAGCAGAAGCUGCCUCUCCUCGUGGGAGAACUCAAUGGGGGACGAGAGUAAAAUGAAAACUUGCUCUCCUGUCUGAGCUGUGGAACUCAACAGCACUUUCUUUUUCUGCCUGCAAAACCAAAGCUUCUGGCAAUUUCGUAAUUUUGAAGGUGGCGGGGAGGGGGAAGAGGCUGGCAUUGGCAUAGCUGUCAUCCUUUAGUGAGUCACUGACUGGCACUGAUGUCCUGGCUUUUGGUAUUUACCAGCCCCUCCAUGAGGAGCUCCUGUCGGUUCACAAGCUAGUCUUCCCAGAAAGAAGAGCCCCUGCCCCAACUCGGAACAGCCGUCAGAGAGACUCUGAGCCUCCUUGCAACCCGUGUUGGCAUGGUGGUGGGCAAAGCUGCCCACUUAUGUAACUCUGGGUUUGAAGUCCCACUCCAUGCUGCUGCUGCUGCUUUUUUAAAUCCCGAAGGGGGAAAGAAGCCCUAACCAAACACAACAGUAAACAAGUCUGCCCUGUUUAAUGUGGUUACCACCAGACAUCUGGAAAGAUGGUUUGAUCCUGGCAGCUCACAUUGUUUUCACGAGCAGCCAAAGAGAAUAUUUCGAAUGUUUGCAUUGAGACAAAUUGAUAGAGAGCCUGUGGUGAGGCGGCUGCAGAUGAAAACUGUCUUGAAGCUGGGCAGGGGGGAUCCUCUCCCCUUCUCUUGCCUCUCCCCACCCCUUCUCUAUCUUGACCCCCUCUUUUGCCCUUUCCCUUUUCCCCCUCCUCUCCUUUCUCCAGGCCCGGGUAGGGGCUGGUUGGUUAUCCCAACCCACACACUUGCUCACACCCUUUUCCUGGCUCACCAGAGACUGCCCUGCCUCUCCUUUUUCCAGACUGGGCAGGGUUGGUGAGCAGCACCUGGUGUCCGCUACCAUCCUGCCCACCCCACCAGCCCCGCUGGCUUUCAAGUCCGAGGAAGCUCACAGCCGAGGAAGCCUUGGACCGGCGCUUAAAACAAAAACUAUCCACUGGGGGAGCGGGGGUGGGGGGGGGCGGUGGGGGGAGUGGACGGACCAACAAAACAGCCCAUGACACAGUUCUAAGUCUAAGGUCACUUGCAGAAAGCAUGCCCGGGGGGGCGCAUAUUCAGGAAACCUUAGGACUUGGGGCAUUCUUCACUGCAACUGUGGUGGGGUGACUUGCCUCUAACCAUCCGCACGCACUUGACAAUAUUUUCAAAGAUGCGGAAGUCCUGCUUCCCCCGGGAGGGGAGCGGCGGGGGUGAAACGUGUCUUGGCUCGCUCAAUGUCAGCCCUUUUGACCCGGUCAAGACUUUUCCAGACGAAGCUUCCCCGGGUUUCUUCGGCCCCGGCCCGGGUUGGGGGUGGGAGGACGCGACAACCGGAGCCGGGUCCCUGGGGUGCCUCCUAGACCUCGGGACGGCCGGUCACUUGAAACCCCCGAAAGAUGCCAGGCUUGGCAGAGCGUGUGGGGCGGGUCCUUCCCCCUCCGGCCUCCCUCCUCGCGGCCCCUCCCGUCCGGCCGCCGCGGCGGGUAUUCGAACGGGCAAGGCGGGUGGGGGAGGGGGGCGCGGGGGAGGGAUGGGCGAGCGAGCGCCAAAACUCCAGACUGCACAACUGCAGCUUCAAGUGUCUGGCCCCUCGCUCGAGGCCAUAAUUAAUUUGAGAUUUAUUUUUAUUGGAGAACUCGAGUCUCGUCUGACCUUAGCCAAACAAGGCAGCUCGAGCCGCCCCCUGGACGCGCUUGAAUGCCGGGGAAUAUUUCUGCAGGAAGGCUCUGCAGGCGCGCCUGCUUUGAAUUUGUUUCUCAGACUUCAUCUACUCACAGAUUGAAGGAAGAUUUAGAGCCUCUGCCGGCCCGGCCCGCUCCCCACGCUCGUUCUUGCCUUAGCGCCAAGAGGGUUCAAAACGCUACGUGGGAGGCCGCGGCGGCGGGAGGGCCCGGAGGGGGAGGGUCUCUGCGCCCCGAGCCCGUGGCGCUCCAGGGCUGGGUCCCCAGACCACGCGGCGUCGAGGAGGAAAUCCCAAGGGAGUCGGAGACUGACCAGAGAGCGCAGGCUGACAAGAGGUGGAGACCAGCCAGGUGCCGGGACCCUCACCCGGUGGCGGCGCCUGGAUGGGGGGCUUGGGGGAGGGGAGAAUUCGGCCUCUCCCAACCUCCAGCCGCCCGGCCUCCUGGCCGCUCCAAACAACGUUCUAAGUACAGACCUGUGUCCUUGAAACGCCGUUUCAGGACCUGCCGGCCAGAUGCUGCCCCUGGGCCGUGCCGCGGCGAACAUUCUGGGGCUACCAGCCUCCUCUCCUCUGGUUGGGGGAGGGGGCGGGGGUGUCUCCCCCAGAAUGCGGGGUGGGCUGAACCAGCAGGCGGGUUGGUGGGGGAGCGAGAACUAGGAGUCAGAGACGGAACGUGGAGGACCCUGCCAGUCUCGAGUGGGGCGGCUUGGGGCCUUCAGGGAUGGGCUCCCGGCGCUCGGCCUCUCAAGUGCCUUGUCCCAUGCGGGCACCUCGCGAGGACCGGGUCCGGGUUACUCCACUGGGUCUCCUGCCCCUCCCCGCUAUCAGCAAGUGGAACGUCCUGGUGGACGUUCGCACUGGGAAACCCGGCUCCCUGGGUUUGUGUUCUGACUGUGCACCUACCCGCUCUGUGGCCUUGAACAGGUUGCUUAACCUCUCUGUGCCUCGGCGUCUUCGUCUGUGCGUCGGCGUUUUAAGAGGAUCUACCUCAAAGGGCUGUUGUAAAGGUGAGUGUUUAGACCUCGCCUAGCAGUCAGCACAACUUUGCCCUCGUUGUUUUUAUCUUGGCUCUCUCCCUGGCAACCGGUGUCACAGUCAUGUCUCAAUGCCUCAGUUUGUCACUUGCAAAAUGGACCACCUCCUAGGGUUGUUGUUACUAUUCAACAAGUUAGUACAGACACAAUGCUGUCCCCCUUUCCCUUGCUCUUUCCAGCCUCAAGCCCGCCUUACGCGGUCUCCCUUGAGCACUUGGAAUCUAGAUCGCUGCCCGGGUGCAGCGGGCACCCUUGGUUCCCCAGGGCCCGGCUCCUGACCUGACUCCUGGGGCCCGGGUGCCUGGACCCCCGGGGUUUGUCAACAAUCUCGGAGCCGAGUGCCUGAGGCGGAAUGGCAGGGGCUUGGCAGCCGGGGACUGUUUGUGCCCCCUCUGGCGAAUGGCAGGCGUAGGGAGCCUGCGGAACAGACCCAAGAUUGUCCGCGCCACGCGGACCUCUCGCACUCAUCAAUGCACCCCUUUGUGCAACAAUACAAACUUUGUGGCUGCUGAAAAAUCCAUUUUUUCCCCUUGAAAAGAGCUCCUGCGGCGAGCGGCUCCCCUGGCGGCCAGAACUCAUAGACUGCCGCCCUCAACCCCUCCCCAGCGGUCCCCUCCCAGCGGCCGGGACCGUUUGCUGUCUCUCUGACUCUUGGCCUGGGGUCAGGCUCCCGGGCUCCCUGAGGUUUUGGGCCCUCGGGUGUUUUCACACUCGAGGGGGUCCCAGAGGAUGGGAGAGGGACGACAGCUGCCCGCCCCGGGGCAGCUUUGCAGCCUUCGGGGCAGAGCCGGGAAUGAGAGCUGGGUUCGCCGUGCCCCGCGUCCCGGGAGCGGCGGGCUGGGAGGGGUGACCGCGUCCUUAACCUCUCGGGAAAGCUGGACACAGCGAACCCAGCACACGGUAGUCUAAGUCUGCUCUGCCACCUCCUGGGAGACACCGGUCCACCCUGCCGUUCACUGACUAGCCAUCCACUGAUUCAGUCGUUUUUCAUUCAUUCAUCACCGAGAGAUUAAACACCCCUUCCCCGCCAAGCUUCCAAAACCUGGCUUCCCCAAAGUGCCUUAGAGACACCUUCAGACCGCAGGCGGGGAAGACGCUACUUGGUGUGAGCGGAUUUCCCUUAAGAGAAACAGGAGCAGCGAUGGACGCAUAACCGACGCCCCCGGAUAAAACCCGAGAGUGCCCACGCCAUGGAGGUCCCGGGUCCUUUCGGGCGGUCACUCCACGCAGCAUUAGCGGACGCUGAACGCAGAACGAGGGGGCGGGUGGGCGGGGGGGGGGGACUCUCUGGGCGGAGUUUCGAGAAGGAGGGGGCGGGGCCGAGACCCAAGAAGCUGGGAGUACUUUUGACAAACGGCAGUGGUCCUUCCUUUUCCGAGCUGGGGAGGCUCUGGGCCGCUACCUGGAAGGCGGGAGGUCGCGCCUGGGCGGCGAGAGGACCUCCCCGCGGUCCCCACCCCGGGCGGGUCCUCACCCUCGGCCCCGCCCUGCUGGCGGAUUUUCACUAAACGUGUAACCCAGAUGUCCUGGCCUCGGUUUGUUUACAUUCUUGGGAACUGUUGUGGAAAAGGAAAAAAAAAAAAAAACCUAACUCCCUUCGACAUACUGUCAAAUAUAGGAAUCUGCGCUUUCGAGAGGCCGGUGGGGCCAAGGAAGCUGGGCUUGAGGACUGGGGUCUAUCGAGCUUAUAGGAAGAGCGCGCCGCGGUCACUCGCCUGCAUCCACACGCACACACCCUCACACUCGCGUCCACGCACACCCUCGACGCGGGGGAACCUGCCGUGAGCGGCGCGGCGUGGGGCGCACGAUCUACAGGGGCCGGACGCUGGCCCGCGGGUCCCGGUGAGGGUCUGGGCUUCCCUGCAGGGCCCUCGCACACCAUUCUCCCAACCGGAGCGGCCAAGAGUCUUCGUCCUCAACCAGGCAUCCCCCAUCCGAUUUAGUUAGGGCCCCUGGUCUAGACACACCUGCAGAGAGAGCGGUCCGUGGCCCCCACCUCUUUAACGGAAGAAAGGAGAAAGGGGCUCUAGGUCUGGGCAGAAGGUGGAGGGCGGGCUGGGGUGGGGGUCAUUACCUGUUUAAAGACGCUGUCAUGUCUUACCUUGACGUAAGACGACGUGUCAGGGACUGUCUGAAACAUCCUGGGUUGGUGAGGAAGGGUCAGGAAGGCCCAAGGACCAACCUGUGUGGAAGAAACCUCAGUCACUGGCGAGUGGCGCAGGGUGAGUCCCUGAGGGGUAUGAGGGAGAAGGAAAAAAGAGGGAGGACAGGAAAGCUGCAGGGUGGGGAUGUGACUCCAAUCCACCUGGACCAGAGAGGGAGAGUGGGACGCCGGUACCCUUGCCUUUCCUCUGCUUCUAUCCCUCAGGCGGCAGGCUAAGGGGUGUCUCUUUUCCUACAGUCCUGUAACCUUCAUCUAUGGGCAAUAGGAGACACCCUUCUCCCCCAGGGCUCUCCUAGUCUCCUACCUGGAGGUGCGGGGGGCGGGGGUGGGGGGGGAGUGGCGGGGAGGGGGGUGCCUUGGCCAGAGAAGAGGUGGCAGCUAGUAUAGAGGUAGACCCCCUCACCAGUGCCACUGAAGGCCCCAGGAAACAUAUGUAUAGAGUUGCCAGCUCUGGGGCCCUGGGAGCACAGACCUUCUGCUUGACCUACCACCCCUAGGGCUCCACCAUCGACCCUCUGUCUCCCUCUUCCCUGCUGGGGGGCCACUUACAAAGCUACCCUGGCUAAGGUUCCAGAGAUCUACAGAGGCCCCUUUCCCAGAGUGACUCCCCCCACCACUUUCAGAAAGAAAAUUGGGUUUCCUGCAGGGACAAAGACAAUGAAUGAGGUGGCCUCAUUUCUAGUGGCAGGGGAGGUGCUGUCGGAGGCUUGAAUAUUGGGACUGAAGGGAGCAAAAACUGCCCUCGGAUGCCAGGUGCCUCUGCGAGAGUGAGUCUCUGCUUGGCCAAGUCUGGCCGCUGUCUCUCUCCUCUUUCUUCCCUUCCUCUCUUAAACCAUCUCUAACGUGGCAGGGUGCAGCUUCUACGGCAGCCAAUGUGUUUCUGAUAAAACACUUUUCUCCCCACUAACAAAUUCCAGCUUUUUGGCUCCUGAAGCCACAACAGACAUACGCGUUCAGGGAUCAGGUACGUCUCUCCAGGCUCCCACAUUCACGGUUCUCCCCCACUGCCCUCGCACCAGAUUCGCCCCAUUCUCUUUGAAAGUUGGAGGGAAAUCUGCAAGAAGAGAGAGCAGGAGAGGGGGAAAGGACAGAAAAGAAAACCUGGGAGAGAGUGAGAGAAAGAAAGAGCCCAGAAAGCUUCUUGGCUGCAACUCGAGCAGGCAGCUGGGACCCUGCAUGGCCCCCAGAUAUCCCGCACCAACAGACACCCACCUUCGAUACUCCUUCCUGAUCCCCUUCCUGCUCCGCCAGCGGGAGCCGGACUCCGGCAACUCCAGGGUGUUCAAGUUCUUGGUGCGAAUCCUCUGCCCCUGGACUCCAGACCCUUGGCAGAGCGAAAUUAAAUCUGCUGGCUGUGACUUGUGCCUUUAUUUCCAGCAUACCCAGACAGGCGCCCUCAACCCCAGCACAUCCUCGGGGCUUCAGGAACCACUCAAGUCUAUGCGUCUCCUCCCCUCCGGUCUCUCUCCAGCUCUCUUGGUCCCACUCCCGCUUCCUCUCUCUUUCCGUCUUUUAAUUUGAUUUCCGUUUUCUUAUCAAUAUCUCAACUGCUGUCUGAUGAAUUGUCCUAAUGGACAGCCACCCAUCUGCCUCCAGCUGCUUUUCCAGAGACACCCCCCCACCCCGUGUUACUUGAAAAUGUCCAGGAUCACCAUAAACCACCGUGUUUCAAAAAUGUAGAGACACACAGCUGAGUCCAGCCAGGAGGGGAGGUGGAAACCAGGACCUUCUUUAAGCUGGCUACUUACUUUCGAGUGAUUGCAAUGCAAAGAAUUAGUCUUUACAUUUAAAUAAGACGAGUGACCUCUAUUUUUCAAGACAGCAAGAGAGACA